AUGGCAAAUGCAGACCGCCAGCAAAGAAGACGCCAAAGUGAGAACGAUGGCCAGCGGUCCGCAAGACUACUGGAGAACUCACAACGCCAGCAAAGGAGACGCCAAAGUGAGAACGAUGAACAGCGAUCUGCAAGACUUCUGGGGAACUCACAACGCCAGCAAAGGAGACGCCAAGGUGUGAACGAUGAACAGCGGUCUGCAAGACUUCUGGGGAACUCUCAACGCCACCAGAGGCUACGACAAAAUGAGAACGAUGAGCAGCGAUCUGCCAGACUGCUGUCAAAUGCUCAACGUGAACAAAGGCGGCGCGAAAAUGAGAGUUCUGAGCUACGUUCAGCAAGACGCCCUGCAAACGCUGAGCGCCAACGAUUGCAACGACAGAAUGAACCAGAAGAACAGCGCGCUGAACGCUUACGCAACGACUCCGAAAGACAUAUUCGCCGUAAUGCCGCUCCUGAAAUGACAGGUUUAGCACUGCAUUCUCGCAUCACGGAUGUGAACUACCUUGGAGCACUAGAAAAUCGCUGUUCAAAUUGUGGAGCGUUGCGCUUCGAAGUGAAACGACAGCAUCCGAAUAUCUUUUCUGAUUGCUGUGACCGAGGGCGAUUCAACGUGAAUCUGUUUGAGGAGUUUCCAGAGCAAUUAAAACAGCUCUUUGUGCGAGAUAGAGCGGCUCCCACAGAGAUGACGCACCGUCAGCGAAAAGUCCUGUUCUCAUGA